CCCCCCCCCCCCCCCCCCCCAUCCAGAUGUGUGUCCAGAUGCUACUCCCACUGGUAGCCAGCAGUGUUUCAGGGUCUGCUUAUCUACUACUUUCAUGUCACACUUACUUACUGUAAAUAUUUAAGAAUGAAUACAGGCACUUUGUCAUGCCUUUUAAGAUUAUAAUGUAAUGCAUUCACUGAUUCCAGAAUAGCCAAUAUGUAAUAAUAAGGAAGUAGUUCAUAAGCGAACCUUGAAAUGAACUCAAAUGCAGCGAGGGAACGCUGUGUGUCUCAUUUUGUGUCAUAUCUGUCCUGAUUUUGGACUUUUUGUCUAGUGAUUGUCUGUCAUCGCCUACCAACUGCCAUACUGGGGGAUCUUGAAAAUACUUGUGUCAAUGAAUGUACUCAUUGCUUUUCUGUUUAUAGUCAUCAUACUGUGCAGUAAUAAGGAAAAGCACAAAAACUCUUUUCUCUUUUUGUUUUGCAUAAUGAAAAGGGAGCUGUUCUGUAUUAUUUGUGAAUAGUGUAAAUACUCAUUCUGAAGGUGAAGUGUAUCUGUUGUGGGGGGCUCGUUCAUGCUCUUCUGAGGCAGGACUGUGUUUGAAGUGUGUUUUUUUCCUUCGGUGAGAAUGCUGUGAAUAAGUUCUAUGUACAGUAUUUACGUGACUUUGGCCGACUGCUGAGCUCAGCUGUUUCCUGUUAAUAGAGUAGAGUCGCAGGCCUGAUCUCAGCCAGAACUGAGCCUUCUCAUAUGACUGAUGCCUGCU